AUGAUGCUUCUGAUCCUAGUCUUUUACUUACCUUCUCUAGUUUUUGCUCGUGUUGGUCACUCAAAACAAAGUUAUUGUUUGGAUGAAAUAAAAAGUGGUACAAUUUCACUUGGAUGUCCAAAUAAUCAAUUGAUAAAAUUAGGACGUGUUAUAUACGGUUAUUCAUGGUCUAAUGAUUGUUCAUUUAUUGAAAAAGAUUGUACAAUGGAUGUGCCACGUGAAGAUAUUAUCUGUUUGACGACUACAAAUUGCACUGUUCGUGUUGUUGAACAUCCAUUAAUAUUACAAGAUUGUUGGAAUCUAGCUGCAUCAUAUGUUCAAGCUGAAUUUGAAUGUAUCGCAGAGUAUUCACUUCAAAAUGUUUGUCAACCUCAAGAUACAACUCUAACAUAUGGUUUUCUAUCAACACCAAAUUAUCCACAUGGUUUUUCACCGAGUCUUAAUUGCCCGUGUGCAUUAUUUGCAUCGUCAGGUCAUGCUAUUGUACUUGAAGUUAUUGAUUUUCGUUUGCCAACAUGUGCUGAAGCUGGUCUUAUACUAUGGCUUGGACAAGAUUUUCAAACCAAAUGUCUCACACAAGAACCAUUAACUGUUGUUAGUAAUGUUAAACAAAAUGUUACACUGCGCUUUUAUACAUUAGCUCAUGCUAAACAUGGUGGCUUUCUAAUAAAAUAUUCUAUUUUACCUGCAUCAAAUAAUGCAACUGUACGCUUACAAUGUUAUGUUGCUCCUGCUGUUAAUCGACCACCAUUAUCAGCGAAUUUUCCAAGUCCAAAUUUAUCACAACAGCAGCCUCCACACCCUCCUAAUAUGAAUAAUGAAAUGAAUGUUGCUAUUGAUCAAGAACGACAAGAAGACGGGGGCGAACGAGAAGAAAUACCAUUGCCUCCAUUAGUUGUUACUCAUUCAAAUGAUUUAAUAAAACGAUUUCCAUCCGGACACGAUGUAGCUCCUCCAAUUCUGGGUACACUUGAAGAACAUAAAGAUACUAUGUCGUUAGCUGGUGUUCAAAAACAGCAACAUCCAAUACACGGUUUGAAUCAAUCCAUUUAUAAACGAUAUUUAUUUCCGAAUUCGUCAUCAUUUCGUCGUUCGAAUAUGACAUUAAUUGUCAUUGGUGUUGUUAUUGGUGUGAUCUUUCUUCUGAUCAUGAUCAAUGCUCUCAUAUGGUUCAUUUUUUCGAUUCGACCAACCCGUUCCAAACCGACUACAUCGUGUCAAAAAUUGUACCUUGAUCCAGCGACAACAGGUAGUGAUACGAAAACGCCGACAUCAAAUUAUACAACACCAAUGCAUCGUCGUCAUCGUUCACAGUCAUCUAUACGUCUUGAUGAUUCAUCAAUAAUAUCAAAUCAUUUAGCUCAUCGGAGUCGAAUAUUGCCGCAGACAGCAGCAUCAAAUCGUUUAAAAACACUUCGCUCUUUACUAUUUCGUGGUCACAAAACUCUCGGAAUCGAAUCCUCAACAACAAACAGUCGAUGUCGUCAUAAUCGUGAUCCUGAUUCAACUUUAUCAGGAUAUCAUGUACGUUCUUUAACACAAUCAUUAGAUGAAUCAAAUUUACCAAAAUCAAGCUACGAAGAACAAGAAGAUUGCGUUGAACUUAAGUCAGAACGUUCGGCUUUCGCAACUCACAAUCAAGUUUUAUUGAAUAAAAUUAAGUCAAAUCAAGAACCACGACAAAUCACUUCAUGGGAUGACAUUUGA